AUGGAAAAUUAUUGUGAAGUUUGUUCAGUACAAUUAUUGAAUAAUAUUCAAUUCCAAAAUCAUUUAUCAGGAAAAAAACAUUUAAAACAAUGUCAAUUUAAAGAAUUUCAAAAAAGGAUUAUAGAACACUCUAUAUUUGUUUCUUCUAUACCAAAAUUUAUACCUAAGGAUGAACUAUUGAAGUUUUUUUUACAAUUUGGGCCAAUUGCAAACCACAAAAUGGGAAAGCAUUAUGUUAUUAUUGAAUUUGAAAAUAGAGAACCCGCGGAAUACUUAUUAAACAAUCCGAUCUGGUUAAAUAAUACAAAGUUAAAUAUUCAAAAAAGAAUAUUUUAUAAUAAUGAUUCAAUAAGACGUCAUGAUAAUCAUGUAACAGAGACAACGGAAGCUGUAAAUUUGGAUUGUAUAAAGAGUAUAUUUAAUAAUGAAACUACAUUUGAAAUACAACUCGAAACAUUUUUGAAUACAGUACUGCUUAGUGAUACAGAAGUUGAAGAACGAUAUGAAUCCAUCUGUAAAUUUUUAGAUGAAAAAUUUGCAAGUGUAUUUCCAAAUUGUCGAUCCUACAGAUUUGGAUCUACACAAAUGGGACUAGGAUUUAAAGAAUGCGAUUUGGAUAUUUAUAUGGAUAUUGGUGUGCCAAUAUGUGAAUCAAAAAAUGGUUUAAUGACGAAAAAAGUGUUUAGAGAUGUUAAACAUGUAAUGUACAAGAUGAAUAACGUAUUUACGAAUAUAUUACCAAUACUAAAAGCAAGGACUCCAAUUAUAAAAUUUUAUUUUGUUCCGAAUAAGGUUUCUUGUGAUAUUUCAUUUAAAAACGCUUUUGGUAUAUAUAAAAGUAAUCUUAUAAAACACUGUCUUUCACUUGAUCAAAGAAUAAAACCAUUAAUGGUUAUCAUUAAAUUUUGGGGAAGACAAAGUAAAAUGUCAGGUAGCGGAAAUAUAUCCAAUUAUGCAUUAUUAUUAUUAAUAAUAUUUUAUUUACAACAACCGGAAACAAGGAUACUUCCACCUUUAAUGGAACUCCAGAAAACGUGUGAACCUAUAAUUAUUGAUGGUUGGCAAGUAAACUUUGAUGAAAAUGCGGUAUUACCACCGAUUACCAAUCGUAGCACUAUUCCACAACUGCUGACAGGUUUUUUCAACUUCUAUGCUAAUUUUCCUUUCAAAACAAAUAUCAUUUGUCCUAGAGAUGGUAUAGCACAUCCAAAAGAAUUAUUUAUUGAUACUUCCAAUUUGCCAGACUAUAUGAAUCGAUAUAAGGAAAUGGCUAUGCAAGAAGAAUCUAAGCUUAAAGUUAGUAGUUGUGCUUGUAUUCAAGAUCCAAUUGAAUUAAAUAAUAAUAGUGUAGGUUCUAUAUAUGCAAAAAAAAUAGCAUUAUUUCAAAAAAAUUGCAAAAUAAGCGCAGACAUAUGUACAUCAUUUCAAGAUAACAAUUACAAAAAUCUUUUAGAAAAUUUACUUACGUAUGACUACGAAAUAGAAAUCAGUAACUUUUUUGUAGUGUUAACAAUAUGUUCUGGCACAUAUGUAAAUGUCGGUUUACCAAAUAAUUUUCAAAAUCGUGAGGACAUAAUUGAUAAAGAACAAUAUAAAAAGGAUAAUUGGUACUUUAUAGUAUUUAAUAUUGUGAAAGAUAUUUUUGAGAAAGUGUGCAAACUACAAGUGCAAAUUCUUUCUGCUGACAAUGAAACUAAACAACAAAAAGUUGAAGUUUUAUCUGAUGUACAUACAAAAAGACAUCAACAGCUUUUGUUGCACUGUACGGGAAAUGACUCAGCAUUGCUUAAUAGGAGAUCUUGUACAGUUAGUACUGAUCUUCUUAGCAGCCCUUUAAAGAAGGAAAUUGGCAUAUCGGAUAUUCUUGUAGAAAAGAAUAGUAAAAGACAAGACUACAAACCAUUAAAAUUAGAUUUUACGUGUAUAUUUGAAAAAAAAGAUAAUCCACUUCAAGUCCAAUUAGUAUUAAAAAGUGAUAGAAUGAAAAGCAAACUCUUCAAAAAUUUGGGAAAUUUCAUUGGCUCCAGAUUACGAAAAAUUACUAUGAAUACUUUAAUGCAUAUGAAAAGAUUUAAAUUAUCAUUAGAGAAUAUAUAAAGAAUUAAUAACUGUUAAAACAUAAUAUAGAUUUGAUU